UAAUUUGAUAAACUCUAAAGCUAACAGAGUUAAAGUUUGAUAUUGAACGCGUGGCAGCGUAAAACUGUGGCAAUGCACUUAUCUUAUCACGCCGGGGCCACACGUCGUAUGCUUGAUGGCAUGUAACAUGCAUAUAUGUAUACGCACAUAAAUGCCGAAGGCAAAGGGGGAAAUCGGGAAAUUAAUUAACUUGAAAGGAUUCACUCCGUCACAAAUCAGAGUAAUCAAGGUAAAGCCUUAAUUACAUGGGUCUUUAAUACGUCUGUUGACAGCUGAACGAUUGCAAUAUCAAGUAUUUAUGCUGGUGUCGAGGGACAUUAAGUAACCAGUUAAAAAUGGAAUUAUCGGUGUCAACCAGACCGAAAAGGCAAGGAUCCUGGGUGUUCCUGUUCAAGAGCUUCGCCAGGAGUCUGCGGCAGUUUCUCAAUGAGACGGGACUGCAUGGCCUUAAAUUUGUGGGCGAUUCACGACUCAGCAGCUGGGAAAGAACCUUCUUUUUUGGUUCCUUUGUUACCGCUUUGAUAAUCACAGUUCAUCUAAUAUCGAACAUCUACGUCAAGUGGGACAGCACUCCGGUGAUAAUUGGCAUCAGCCCACAUGCCACUUCUAUUUUGAAAGUACCCUUUCCGGCCAUCACCAUAUGCAACAUGAACCAAGUGCAAAGGAGCCUGGUGGCCAAUUACAGAGAGGGUUCCAAUGAAAGCGACCUUUUGAAACUUUUGUGUGACUCCGAUAGCUGGCAAUUCAGUGAGUUUGAUGAGGAGCUUUCUGCUUCAAAUUUCACCAGGAACGACCUUCGAAUAUCUGACUUUGUUUCAAAACACUCGCAACCCUGCGAGAGAAUGCUGCUCUACUGUAGAUUCAGUGCCGAGGAGCGAAACUGUUCGGAUUUGUUUCAGCAAAUCCUGACGGAUGAGGGACUCUGCUGCGUUUUUAAUUUUCAGCCGCCAGAAAUUCUCUACAAGCCAUUUGCAAAUAGUUCUAGGAAUUUGACGAAAGAGAAUGGUUACGAAAGUGUCAUGUGGGAUCCGGAGGCAGGAUAUCCUGAAAAGUUGCCGCCAAAGUUUUAUCCAGUCACAUCAAGUGGAACUGGCAUUACUUUGGGAUUUACUGCUGUUUUAGAUGCUGAGAUGAGUGAAUAUUUCUGCUCCUCAACUAAUGGACCAGGCUUUAAGGUUUAUUUCCAUAACCCCGUUGAGGUUCCCAUGGUAAAGGAUACGGGCCUGAUCACAGCCAUUGGCUACGAGACCAAUUAUCGCAUGGAAAUGGUUAGAGCCGAGGCGGUUCCGGCCAUUCGAUCGAUAUCCCGCGAUGGUCGGCAGUGUCUGUUCAAGAACGAGAAGGAGCUGACUUUCUACACGAUCUACACGCGACUCAACUGCGAGAACGAGUGCAUGGCGGCGUAUCUGUUCGACACCUGUUCCUGCAUCCCGUUCGACUAUCCGAUGAUUUACAGCAACGCCAGUACUUGCAGCAUGAAGGACACCCUCUGCGUUCGCCGGGCUCAGAGGGCCACUUUCAAUCCGGAUUGGGUCAAGUGCCGUCAGCAGUGCCUGCCCAGCUGCUUCGAUCUGAACUACUUGGCCAGUGGCUUCGCGUUCCCGCUGGCCAACAACAACUUUCAGCUGGCCAACACGCUGGUCGAGAGCAUCAACAAGUCCUAUCUGAGCGAGAACAUUGCCGUGAUAAAUGUCUAUUUUCGGGAGUCCGUCUACUUUGGAAACACCAAGAAUGCUUACGUCGGACUGACCGAGUUUCUAUCCAAUGUCGGUGGUGUCAUGGGUCUGUUCAUGGGCUUCAGUGUUAUCUCCUUGGCAGAGAUUCUAUAUUUUCUGAUUCUAAAACCCAUUGUGGAGCUAUUUGUUUGGAAGUCUUCCCAUCAUGUGAAACCAGAAAGCAGCCUAAAACAUAACGCCUUUGCCAUAGAAAACCCCGACCCUGCAGAUAAACGAACUAUAUGGCACACAAGAGAACUAUAUCCAAAGGGUGUCACAUUGAAGUCAGUGGAAAGAGACAGAAAACUUAAGAGAAGUAAAAUUGUAACCAAUAACUUUAUCCAUUAA